CUGUCUGCCCCCUUUUGCCUGAAUGAAAAAAAAAACAGUCAACGGAAGGUCCUCCCACCGCCAAAUCCGCGGAACACGCCGUGCCCCGCGCCGGCGGCGCCGUUUUCCCCGCCGACUUCCACCUCCGCCCCCGCCCUCGCCCCUCGCAAUGCCUCCUCGCCGAGACCACGGCAAGCAGGCGCAGGAGACGGCCGCUCCCACCCCCGCCCCCUCGUCCACGGCCGCCGGGGGCAUCGAGGAGAAGAUGGAACCUGCGUCCCCCAGCACGGACACCGCAGGGGUCGCGGCCGAGCAGGGCGGCGCCGGCGACGAGCUCUCCGCUCUGUUCAAGGAGUUCUCGCUAGACAGCAGCAGCACCUUCGCCGAGGCGCGGAUCCGGGCCACCUUCUACCCCAAGUUCGAGAACGAGGAAUCCGACCAGGAGUCAAGAACCCGGAUGAUUGAGAUGGUGUCACAAGGAUUAGCUACCAUGGAGGUUACGCUCAAGCAUUCAGGGUCUUUGUUCAUGUAUGCUGGUAACCGUGGUGGUGCAUAUGCCAAGAACAGCUUUGGAAAUAUCUACACUGCUGUGGGCGUUUUUGUUUUGGGUCGCUUGUUUCGUGAAGCUUGGGGGAGAGAAGCUCCUAAAAUGCAAGCGGAAUUCAAUGAUUGUCUCGAGAAAAACCGAAUAAGCAUUUCAAUGGAACUUGUCACGGCUGUAUUAGGAGACCAUGGGCAAAGGCCUAAGGAUGAUUAUGCUGUGAUUACAGCUGUGACAGAAUUGGGUCAUGGCAAGCCUCAAUUCUAUUCUACUCCAAAGUUGAUUGAAUUUUGUCGGAAAUGGCGCCUACCAACAAACCAUGUCUGGCUAUUCUCCACGAGAUAUUUUCAUGCCAUUCAUCUGUUUGAUGUCAUGCAAGUAUCGCUCUCAGAUGAACGUACAUAUGCAUUUGGCGCUGGGGCCGCUCAUAACAUCAUUGUGCUUUCUGUUUACAUCUCCAUUAGGAAAUCCGCCACUUCAUUCUUUGCUGCCUACGAUGCUUUGUGUGAAGAGGGGACUGCCACAUCCGUUUGCAAAGUCCUUGGUGAAAUAGCUGAUAUAUCUGUGCGAGGGUCAAAGGAUCAUGUAAUCGUGCAAGGUGAGAUACUUGAAGGUCUGGUUGCCCGUAUUGUCAGUCGCGAAAGUUCAGUUCAAAUGGAAGUUUUGAGGAACUUUCAACAACCUUCAUUAGACGGAGGCGACUCUGAUUUAGGACUAAGUUUACGAGAAAUAUACGCUGCUAAUAGGUCGGAUGAGAAGCAGCAAAUUAAAGCACUUCUUGAAAAUGCUGGGUCAUCAUUGUGUUCAGACCACUGCGAUUGGUUUGGAAACAGUGGUCUUGACGCUCAAUCUCGAAAUGCUGAUAGAUCAGUUGUCACUCAUUUUUUGCAAGCACAUCCCAUGGACUAUGCAACAAAGAAAUUACAGGAGAUGAUCCGUCUCAUGAAGAAGAGAAAUCUCCCUGCAGCUUUCAAAUGUUACUGGAAUUACCAAAAAAUUGAUUCUCUUUCAAAUGAUAACUUGUAUUACAAGAUGGUUAUCCAUGUCCACAAGGAUUCUGCUUUUAGACGUUAUCAACAAGAGAUGAGGAAAAAUCAAGAGUUGUGGCCACUGUACAGAGGUUUCUUUGUUGAUGUAAACCUGUUCAAGGCUGCUGAACUUUCCGAAGACAGCAACACUUUACCAGAAAAUACCAAUGGUGCUUCGAAUUCAAGAUCGUCAACUAAGGAUGGUCUGGUUGAGGAGGAUUCAAAUUUGAUGGUUAAACUAAAAUUCCUGACCUAUAAGAUAAGGACGUUUUUAAUUCGAAAUGGCCUGUCCACCCUCUUCAAAGAAGGCACAUCUGCUUACAGAACUUACUACCUGAGGCAAAUGGAGAUCUGGGGAACAUCACCAAGUAAGCAAAAAGAGCUUGCCAAAAUGUUGGACGAAUGGGCUGUGUACAUCAGACGGGAGUGUGGGGACGCGCAACCGUCAUCCUCGACAUAUCUUACUGAAGCUGAACCUUUCCUCGAACAGUACGCGAAGCGCAGCCCCGCAAACCGGGCUUUGGUAGGGGCUGCCGGUGGCUUGGUUCAAACAGAAGAUGCCCUGCCCAUACUCGAUGCACGGAGAGGCAAAGAAGGUGACCUUAAUAAGCCAGAACGUGGGACAGCUCCUUGUUAGCACUGACCAGGGACAAGCUCGAGAGUCUAAACACAGUUGGUGAGGUAGCACCAAGCUCACCGAGUAGCGCGGCCAGUAUAAAAUGUGAGCUUCAGGUGCGAAAAAUAGAAGAAAGAAACCUGGGCCAUCGGAUGGGAGAUGAGUGGCAGCACAGAUUCUGGUAGAGGGAUCUGCUCCCACUUCAUGAAACACAACCCUACUAAUAGAUGGCUACUCCCUCCGUUCCCAAAUAUUUGUAUUUCUAGAGAUUUCAACAAGUGACUACAUACGGAGCGAAAUGAGUGAAUUACACUCUAAAGUAAGUCUACAUACAUCUGUAUGUUGUGUCCAUUUGAAAUGCCUAGAAAGACAAAUAUUUGGGAACGGAGGGAGUAUAAAACAUGACUUUUGCGGUAA